GCAUUUAUAAUAAUUUCCUUUUCGGUAUGGGAUCUCAUGUUUCACCAAAUCUUAAACACGGCAUAGAGGAGUUCGCACAGAUAAAAAUAGAAUUCAGUAUAAUAGAGAAAACUUUUUUAUUCAUCCGUUCAGCUCUUCUUGAAGAGUUAGCAAUCGGCGCGAGAGAAAAACUCUUGUUUAUAUUCGCAUUGUGUGAAAGUGCAUUAUUCAAUGAGUUUCCGAAGGAUUUUCAAUCUAAUUUGUCCGCUGCCGUGUACAUGGGGGGUUUGCAUAAGUCAAAAUCUACCCCUUCCGGUGAACGUCCUUUAGUUCACGUCUCGGAGCUCUACCAAAAUGUGUCGUUGGCAACUACAGUAGAUGAGGGAGUUCCAUUACACAUAGUUCAAGGAACAAACUAUAAUGACGGCACCAUAUUACUACUAUUUAGAGGAGAACAAUGUAACACAACCAUACUGUACCUUCGACUUAUUUAUCCUGAUGGGACUUGGAAGAAAAUAGACAUCGACGAUUCUCAGUCUAACAUUCCUCCAGAGAACUUCUGCUACUAUAAUAGUUCCACAUUUCAGAAAAGAGGCCUGCGAGAAUCGAUUGAACAAAACCUUUACAGAAGACAUUAUGUUAAGUCAACAUGUUCUGAGGUUGAAUCACUUCCAACUCCUACCUCACAUAGCGAAGAAUGCACUACAACCAGUUCAACUCAGUAUAGUGAAGAAUGCACUACAACCAGUUCAACUCAAUAUAGUGAAGAAUGCGCUACGACCAGUUCAGUUCAAUAUAGUGAAGAAUGCGCUACGACUAGUUCAAUUCAAGAUAGUGAAGAAUGCACUACGACCAGUUCAUCGGAAUAUAGUGAAGAGUGCGAUACGGCCAGUUCGUCUCAAAGCAGUGCAGAAUGUGCUAUUACGACCAGUUCAUCUCAAUAUAGUGAAGAAUGUGAUCACCAUUCGCAUAAACACCACAGUUCGGAGGGGCAUCAUCACCACCACCAUCCUCAUUGUGGCAACGUUACACACAAGCCACAUACAACAAAAGGCAGUGGUUGUAAUCACGAACACGUGCCACAUAAAACGAAAGGAACGGGAACAGGUCCCGGCGAGACAGGAAGUCAUGGUGCGACAGGCACAGGUACCGGAACAGGUCGUGGUGUAACAAGAACAGGGACCGGAAUAGGUCCUGGUGAGACGGGUACAGGAAUAGGUCCCGGUGAGACGGGUACAGGAAUAGGUCCCGGUGAGACGGGUACAGGAAUAGGUCCCGGAGAAACGGGCACGGGAAUAAGAUCAGGAAUAGGAGGACCCAGUGAGACAGGCACGGGAAUAAGAUCAGUAACAAGAACGGGUCCCGGAGAAACGGGCACGGGAAUAAGAUCAGGAAUAGGAGGACCCAGUGAGACAGGCACAGGAAUAAGAUCAGAAUCAGUAACGGGCCCCGGUGAGACGGGUACAGGUAUAAGUUCAGGAAUAGGAGGACCCAGUGAGACAGGCACAGGAAUAAGAUCAGUAUCAGUAACGGGCCCCGGUGAGACGGGUACAGGUAUAAGAUCAGGAAUAGGAGGACCCAGUGAGACAGGCACGGGAUUAAGAUCGGUAUCAGUAACGGGUCCCGGUGAGACGGGUACAGGAAUCGGUCCAAGCGAGACAGGCACAGGAAUAAUAUCAGCAUCAGGAACGGGUCCCGCUGCGACGGGUACAGGAAUUGGUCCGAGCGAGACAGGCACGGGAAUAGGAUCAGUAUCAGGAACAGGUCCUGGUGAAACAGGCACGGGAAUAGGUCCCAGCGAAACGGGCACAGUAAUAGGACCAGUAUCAGGAACGAGUCCCGGUGAAACAGGCACGGGAAUAGGUCCCAGCGAAACGGGCACAGUAAUAGGAUCAGUAUCAGGAACGAGUCCCGGUGAAACGGGUACAGGAGCAGUGACAGGAACAGGUCCUAGCGAGACUAUCACAGGAGCAGUGACAGGAACAGGUCCUAGGGGGACGGAAACAGGAACAGGUCCUAGGGAGACUGGUACUAGUGAAGCUAUAACUGGAACUGAGACGGGUAUCAGUGGGACCAGAACCGGAACAGCAACAUCCACUGCAUUAUCGUCUACACAUACAACUCCAACUACGAUCCCCACUAAAGGAAUAGUAAUCCCAACAGAUGAGAAUUCCGGAGAGAUUUCUGCAAUUAACAUAUAUGCCAUAAAGAAUAAAUGUAUUCUUGUAACGUAUUUCUCGGAUAUCCCUGCUAGCCAUAAGAUUAAAGGUUUGAUAAUAACUUGGAACGGUGAUGUCGAAAACUACACAAUCGAUUUUGGAGAAGAAUGUACAUAUAGUCAAAUUAUUAAGAACAUCGACGAACUAGAAUUCCUGCGAGUGUGCUACAAAGAAAAGACCCUAGAAUUAGAUUGGACAAUAUAUUCUACGCCUGACGAUAAUGGUAACAAUGUGACACAAACGUCAAGCGGGGUGAUUAGCAACUUGAACAUCACAUCCUACAUCGAUUUUCCGAAAAUAUUUUCAGUCGAAAAUAGAAAAUAUGGUGUAGUCACGGUCACACAUGAGGUCAAUACUACUAUUUGGAAAGUAUCGAUAUAUUGGAUUUAUGGUCAGAAUGUUAAUGGACCUUAUGAAAUAUAUACACUGAAUGAUAAAGAUGUGAUUGUAUUCAAAGUAUUUAAAUGCACCAUCGCCCGUCAAUAUUUGGGAUAUAGUUGUGUAAUUUAUGUUGAAAAAAGAGGAGAAACAAAACCAAGAUUUAUAGACAUAGAUUUUUAUAAUACCGGGUCUAUCAACGGAACACACACUUUCACCAUAAACGACGUUCCUAAUGAUCAAAAACCGUUUAGUGCUUUAGCAUUGCGUUAUGGAGGGUUUAUUAUAUUGACCAAAAGUAACACCACUAUCAAUGGAUUUGCAGUCACCAAUGAAGGCAACAAUGUAACAAGAUGGGGACUCCCUACAAAUUAUACUUACCUCCCCAUCACAGGGGUGUCUCAACGCAACGUAGUUUGGGCAUUCGUUAAUCAUAAUGGCUCCAGUUGGACUGUCAUAACAAGUGAUACUCUAAGUAAUUACAACGAAGAUAAAAUGGGAAAAUAUGGCACCCCCACAGUUAUUUACACGAGUCCGGAUGUGAAUUCUACGAUCCCAGUUCCCCACGAUUCUAAAGAGUUCGUAAUUAAAUACUCUUUCCCCUGUGGUCCAUCCAGUGGAUAUGUGACCAUAUUCAUGCACGAUGAUAAUGGAACCCACCCAGUCUUUAGGAUGCCGGCAAACAAUUGUACUUUUAAUCAUGAUACAGUCACCUUCAAGGCAAUUCCUGGUGCGAUUUCUAGUCCAAAUAAGAAAUAUACCGUAAAUGUAGACGAUGGUUUUAUAACCGAUACUGAUAAUAAACAAGAUGCACCUGGAAUUCAUGACAAAUGGAAUUUCACCACAGGUGGUGCUGUUAAUAAUGGUACUGGACCUGCCUCGGUCAUCAUCUUGCUUACCUCCGAGGGGACUACGUUGUAUGUAGGAAAGUCUAUUUCUCGGGAUGUGUUUGUCACAAAAUUGCGGGAUCAGAUCGCUAGAGCCAUUGGAUGUAGCACCGAUCGUCUUUACAUUCCUACCAAAUUCCAGUAUAAACAUGAUACCCCAUCUGAUCAAAUUUUCAUGAGAGUUGAUAUCAGUGAGGCAGGUACCACCGCAGAUACGGAUGCGAUUACUCUCUCUCAAUAUUUGGAUAAUGUAAUCAAAUACAAAGAUAUGUCAUUGAUUUCCACGGGAGAUACCACAAAAUACCUUGACUCGGAUAAUGGAGCAUGGAGAUUAAGUAAAUACAAAUGGGCGCUUUUUGCUCUCUUCGGGCUAUUAUUCUUAUUCCUUUUGUGUUGUUGGGGACAUCUCAGACACAAGAAAGGACGAAAUCUCUUGGUCUUUGUCUUGUGUCCAUUAAUAUUGGUAGACUUUGGAUUGGAUAUAACAUUUGUAGCUAGACACGGAAAAGAUGAAAAAUGGCUCUAUCCAACAAG